AUGAUAGACGACUGCGGUCUAGUUGAUUUUCCAACUCAUGGCAACAAAUUAUCAUGGCGGGGAAAGAGAUGGGGAAAAAUUGUACGGUGCCGUUUAGAUAGGGCUUUGGCCACAGAGGAUUGGCAUGACCUCUUUCCCAAGUCACAUGUGGAAUAUCUAAAAAUGGUAGGAUCGGAUCACCGACCGAUCCUGGCAACCAUAGAUAAUAAGAUCCCUAAAGCGCGGCGGCAAUUCCGAUUUGAUAAACGAUGGAUUGGACAAGAUGGAUUUUCGGAGGCAAUUAAACGAGGUUGGUUGGAGAAUCAAACAAAUGCGGAAUCAAAUGUAGUGGAUAUGAUCCGUAAAUGCCGUCAUGAAAUUUCUCGAUGGCGGCACGAAAAUAAACCAUAUGGAAAGGAAAAAAUAGCGGAACUACAGAAAGCUCUUGAAGAAAUUCAAAAUGAUGAUCUUCGAACCCAGGAAGAUCUGGAUGAAAUCACACAAAAAUUGAAGGAAGCUUACCGAGAUGAGGAACAAUACUGGAAGCAAAAAAGCCGUAAUCUCUGGCUUAAGGAUGGGGAUUUAAAUACAAAAUUUUAUCAUGCAACCACGAAACAGAGAAGAGCGAUAAACAGGAUGGUCGGUUUACAUGAUAAGACGGAUAACUGGGUUACCGGGGAAAAAGAGAUGGAAAAGGUGGCGGUUGAUUAUUUCUCGGAUUUAUUUACGACUACUUCCCCAGAUGAUUUCACGGACAUACUUGAAGGUAUUCCAGCGGUGAUCACGGAAACCGAUAAUGCACUGCUAAUGCGCCCAGAGUCGGAAGAGGAAGUGCGGGCGGCUCUGUUUCUGAUGAACCCGGAGAAAGCUCCCGGACCGGACGGGAUGACGGCCUUAUUUUUUCAAAAAUCAUGGCCGUUAAUAAAAACGGAUAUUUUGGGGCUUAUUAAUGAUUUCUUGAUAACGGGAGCCUUUGAUGACAGAUUAAAUUUGACGAACAUCUGCUUAAUCCCAAAGACAGAGCGUCCUACCCGGAUGACGGAACUGCGCCCAAUUAGUCUAUGUAAUGUGGGCUAUAAAAUUAUCUCUAAAGUAUUAUGUGAGAGGUUGAAAACGGUACUAUCCCAGCUAAUUUCGGAGACCCAGUCAGCUUUUGUCCCAGGGAGACUGAUCUCGGACAAUAUUCUGAUAGCACAAGAAAUGUUUCAUGGCCUAAGGACAAACAAGUCUUGUAAGGGAAAGUAUAUGGCGGUAAAAACUGAUAUGAGCAAAGCGUAUGAUCGAGUUGAGUGGCAAUUUGUUGAAGCCACAAUGCGGAAGAUGGGAUUCGGAGAACGAUGGAUCGGGUGGAUCAUGAAAUGCAUAAAGUCGGUUGUGUAUAAAGUACUCAUCAACGGGCAACCACGGGGAAAAAUAACUCCGAAUAGGGGCCUACGUCAGGGAGAUCCUUUAUCUCCCUACAUCUUUAUUCUCUGUACAGAAGUUUUGAUAUCAAAUCUUAAACGGGCAGAAUCUGUUAAAUCUCUAACGGGUCUGAAGGUGGCUCGUGCAAGCCCACCAGUAUCACAUUUACUAUUUGCGGAUGAUAGCUUAUUUUUUUGCAAGGCAUCGGUUGAGGAGAGUGCAGUUUUACUACAAAUUCUUCAGAACUACGAACGGGCAUCAGGCCAAAAAAUAAAUUUUGAUAAAUCAUCUAUCCAAUUUGGCCAUACGGUGGAGACAACGGUACGUGCGGAGAUUCAUCAGAUGUUAGGUAUACAUAAGGUCGGGGGAGUUGGUAACUAUUUAGGUGUCCCAGAGAGCUUGGGGGGUGCCAAAACAAAGAUUUUUAGUUUCUUGAUCGAUAGACAGCAGAAGCGGAUAAACGGCUGGACAUCUAAGGUUCUAUCUAAAGGGGGAAAAGAAGUAAUGGUCAAGUCUGUACUUUCGGCGAUGCCGACACAUGUCAUGUCAUGUUUUAGAUUACCAAAGGGAGUAACAAAUAAACUAACAAGUGCGGUAGCAAAUUUUUGGUGGAGCACAAAUUCCCAAACACGGGGUAUGCAUUGGCUCGCGUGGCGGAAGCUGUGUCGACAUAAAACUGACGGGGGACUGGGAUUUAGGGUAAUAGAAGAUUUUAACACAGCGCUACUCGCAAAACAGUUAUGGCGCCUAAUGGAUAACCCGGAUUCCCUGUUUGCUAAAGUUUUCAAGGGGAGAUAUUUUCGGAACUCAACCCCCUUGGACCCAAUUCGCUCUUACUCUCCAUCUUAUGGAUGGCAGAGUAUCGUUUCAGCUCGACCUCUGGUAUGCAAAGGACUUAUUAAAAGAGUUGGUUCAGGUUCAUCUAUAUCUGUAUGGUAUGACCCCUGGAUUUCCGAUUCUUGCCCGAGGCCAGCUAUCUGUAAAGGAAUUAAUUACUACCCACACCUCACGGUGAAUCAGUUAAUUAAUUCCCAGACCUCAACGUGGAAUCGACCACUAUUGCAACAAUUUUUUGAGAGUGAGGAAAUCACUCGCAUUACGGGUAUACCAGUGGCUACUGGAUAUAAACCCGAUACCUGGGGCUGGUUUUAUACAACAACGGGUCGGUAUACGGUUAAAUCGGGAUAUACUGUGCUACAGGAGCUUUCGAUGAGGGGACACUACCAGUCUUUGGACCGGACACUCGGAGAUUGCAAGCGCAAUCCUGGAAGGUUAAAUGCACCACAAAACUCCAACAUUUUCUCUGGCAAAUUAUUACCGGAUGUUUAUCGGUUGGCGCACGUUUAUGUAGUCGGGGAAUGCGUGUGGACCCACUGUGCGUGA